AUGGAAGGGGUUGGAUCGCGGCUUAGCCGAGCAUCUUCCCACUACGGCUCGACGCCAAUGCUCACCGGGCCCGAGAGGAGAUGGCACAAACAGUGGGUCCAAGUGUCAUCGUCUUACAACUGCACUACCAAUUUCAAUUCCCGAGGAUCCCAAAACAAUCUGUGUGAUAUACGUCUCCGGCGUUGGACUCAUGUUCCGCCUUCCCAUUCCACGACGGAUGAGAGGCCAAGGCGGAAGCUGCCGUAUACUCCGGGGUCAGACAAGUGUGAAGCAACUAUACGAGACUUGAACUUGAAAGAUUAUGAUGUGGACCAUGGUUCAGAUAGAAGUAUCAAAGAGGUCGAUGGGUAA